AUGUCAGACCCAUUUUAUGUCGAGGGAGAUUUAGAGGAUUUCGAAGAAGAUGACCCAGAUCGUCAGUUCUAUGGUGAUGAACAAUGCAACGAGGACGAUGAAAUUACUCCAGAUAUGUGGCAGGAGGCCUGUUGGAUCGUUAUAAGCAGUUAUUUUGAUGAAAAAGGGUUGGUUAGACAACAGCUAGAUUCUUUUGAUGAAUUUAUCCAAACAUCAAUUCAAAAAAUUGUCGAAGAUUCUCCCAUUAUUGAAUUACAAGCAGAAGCUCAGCACACUGGCGGGAUUUUGGAAAAUCCUUAUCGUUUAAAAUUUGAACAAAUUUAUUUGAGCAAAGCUACUCACUGGGAAAAAGAUGGCUCUUCGGUACCAAUGACGCCAAAUGAUGCGAGAUUGAGGAAUCUUACAUAUGCCGCACCACUUUAUGUUGACGUCAUGAAGAAAGUAAUACGUGAUGAGAAUGAAGAAGAAAAGCCGUUGGAGAAGAAGUUUAUCGGAAAAAUACCAAUUAUGUUGAGAUCUACUUACUGUCUCUUAUCAGUAAUGAGUGAUCGUGAUCUUGCUGAAUUAAAUGAGUGUCCGCUAGACCCUGGAGGAUACUUUAUUAUUAAUGGAUCUGAGAAAGUUUUGAUAGCACAGGAAAAAAUGGCUACAAACACAGUAUAUGUCUUUCGACAGAAGGAUAGUAACUCACGACCGGCUAGUACAUUAUGGAUCAAUAUGAUGGCACGUGGUGGCAAAGAUGGAAGCAAACGUGCUACUAUUGGUCAAAGAAUCGUAGCUAUUCUACCGUACAUAAAACAAGAGAUCCCGGUGUUGAUUGUUUUUCGAGCUUUGGGUUUCGUGGCUGAUCGAGAUAUUUUAGAGCAUAUCAUUUAUGAUUUUGAUGAUACUGAAAUGAGAGAAAUGAUCAAACCAUCACUGGAUGAUGCUUUUGUAAUCCAGAAAGUCGCUCUCAAUUUCAUUGGCUCUCGUGGUGCCCGUCCUGGAGUGACGAAAGAGAAGAGAAUAAAGUAUGCCAAGGAAAUUCUGCAAAAGGAAACCCUACCACAUGUCGGAGUGUCAGAUUUUUGCGAAACUCGAAAAGCCUACUUUUUAGGUUACAUGGUUCACCGUUUGCUACUGGCGGCCUUAAAGCGUCGUGAUGUGGACGAUCGGGAUCAUUAUGGAAACAAGAGAUUAGAUUUAGCUGGACCGCUUCUUGCUUUUCUCUUCCGUGGAUUGUUUAGAAAUCUUACCAAAGAGAUCCGUUUGUACGCUCAAAAAUUCAUAGACAAAGGGAAAGAUUUCAAUUUAGAGUUGGCCAUUCGCAGUCAAAUCAUAACUGAUGGAUUAAAAUAUUCCCUAGCUACUGGCAAUUGGGGCGAUCAGAAAAAAGCGAAUCAAGCUCGUCCAGGUGUUCUUAAUCGUUUGACCUUCGCAUCCACUUUAUCGCACUUAAGGCGUCUUAAUUCGCCUAUUGGAAGAGAUGGAAAGUUGGCUAGACCUCGACAGUUGCAUAACACUCUUUGGGGUAUGAUUUGUCCAGCUGAAACACCUGAGGGUCAUGCUGUGGGGCUAGUUAAAAAUCUUGCUCUAAUGGCUUACAUAUCUGUUGGAAGUCAACCGUCUCCUAUUCUAGAAUUCUUGGAGGAAUGGAGUAUGGAAAAUUUAGAGGAGAUCGCUCCCUCAGCUAUUGGAAAAACUUGUAAAAUAUUGUCAACGGCUGCUGGGUAG